CAAACAAAACAAACGGUGUGCUACGUUUGACGUCAAAUUCUCUUUCAUCUACUACUGGACUAGUGAAACGCGACGCCAUCUCCCUUAACUUAAAACCGAUACCCCUUUCCUCCGCCCCAAAGUCUCUUCUUCUUCAUCACUCCCGACUAAAGUCUUCGCCAUGGGCAGCUCCUCCAACUCCUCUUCCGACCAGAAACCAGCAGUGGAAGACGAGGGGGGGGCCGAUUUCCGCCUUCCGGUUUACUCGUCGGGUUCCGAGGUGUUGGCGAAGCUGCAAGAGAAAUGGAAGUCUGUGGAAAAGCAACCAUACCCUGCAAUGUAUUCUAGCAUUUUUGGUGGAAUUACUCUUGAUCCGGCCACGAUGGUUAUUCCGAUUGAUGAUCACAUGGUUCAUAGAGGACAUGGAGUCUUCGAUACUGCUAUGCUUAUGGAUGGAUACUUAUAUGAACUAGAUACCCAUUUGGACCGAUUCUUGAGGUCUGCAUCAGAAGCAAAGAUUACUUCUCCUUUCCCUCGUGAAACUUUGCGGAGCAUACUUAUUCAAAUGACAGCAGCAUCAAAGUGUCAAAAGGGCUCGAUCAGAUACUGGUUGACAGCAGGUCCUGGAGAUUUCUUGCUAUCAUCAGAAGGCUGUCCAGGACCUGCAUUCUAUGCUGUAGUCAUCGAUGACGACUACUCUCAGUGCAAGGAAGGCGUGAAAGUUAUUACAUCCACUGUACCAAUGAAACCUCCUUUGUUUGCUACCAUGAAGAAUGUGAACUAUCUUCCCAAUGUUCUCUCCAAAAUGGAAGCAGAAGACAAGGGUGCCUUUGCCUCGAUAUGGGUCGACGAGCGAGGGUAUAUUGCAGAGGGCCCUAAUGUUAAUGUUGCAUUCAUAAGCAAGUGCAAAGAGCUGCUUCUUCCCUCAUUUGAUAAGAUCCUUAGUGGGUGCACUGCCAAGAGGCUUCUAGCACUGGCACCCAAAUUGGUGGAGAAGGGACUUCUUAAAAGUGUGAAUACCGGAGAAAUAACAAUUAAUGAAGCGAAAGAUUCAGCUGAAAUGAUGUAUGUGGGAAGUGGGCUUCCCAUAUUACCUAUCACUGAAUGGGAUGAUCACCCCAUUGGAGAUGGACAAGUUGGAGAACUAACGCUUGCGCUCUCUGAUCUGCUUUGGGAGGAUAUGAUCGCGGGUCCAGAAAGGGUCCGCGUUCCAUAUGAGCAAGUCUGUGCAGCUUAAAGAAUUUGAUCAGCAUGUCUUGCUCUUUUUCAGAAGGCUUUGUGCCCUCUCAUGUGUUGUUCUCAGCUCUCCUGCUUCAAGGCAUCUGGAAUGACUGAAAGUUGGGUUACUUAAGCAGUCUCUCUUAUUUCUUUUGGUCACUUUAUGCUUCUGUUUGUUCAUGUAGUGUGGAGGGAGGUGAUUCUAAUGUGUGACUCAUAUAUUUGUUGAUCCAGUAAGCCUUUUAAGUAUAUCUACUUGGAAGCCAAAUGUGCCUAUUUUAUUUCAUUUA